AUCACAAGUAAAAGUAACAACAAAAAUUGGCAAGCGUAUCUAAUAUUAUAUAGUACGCGGUGUAAAGUAUUUUAUACAUUGUUGUUAUGUUGUUGAAAACUUUUUCUGUUGAUUAUCAAAUAAAAAUAUUUAACUUCAGUAUAGUAAUUAAUAAGGUGAAUCAUAACCAUGGAACCAAUUACCCAUCAAAAAGAUGAUGCAGAAUCACCAAACUACAGGUGGUGGCACAAACUGUGCUUACGAUGUCAUCAAGAGGACCCAACGCCAUCAUGGCAACCGUCAUGGUGGGCGAAGACUGUCCCAUUUCCAUUUUUCCCUACCUAUAGACAAUCAGCACAACGGCUCUGUAUCUUACUAUUUUUCCUCCUCACCUGGGGCAUUCUUUAUGUUGAACUGGGAGAAGCGGUUUCCUUGAAUGGGGAACUUUUCAGUAUGACGAUUCUAGUCAUCGCAGCGUACUUAAUUGGUUGGUUGUGGCUAAAGAUAACUACGUUGCCAGCACUUAUUGGAAUGCUACUGACUGGAAUAAUGUUUCAAAACCUCAAUUUGGUGCACAUGACCGAUGAAUAUAGAAAACUCAACCAGGAUUUAAGGAAAAUCGCUUUAGUGAUUAUACUUACUAGAGCGGGUUUAGGCCUCAACGCGGCUGUUCUGAAGAAGCACUAUACGGCAGUACUACAGCUGGGCUUAUUACCGUGGCUGGUCGAAUGUAUCGCUAUUGCAAUUACUUCUCAUUACUUACUAUCCUUACCGUGGAUUUGGAGUUUCCUUUUAGGUUCAAUGAUAGCAUCAGUGUCGCCGGCAGUUGUUGUUCCAUGUCUAUUCAGGUUAAGAGACGUCGGCUAUGGAGUUGCUAAAGGCAUACCUACACUCUUGCUAGCUGCUGCAGCAAUUGAUGAUUCGAUUAGUGUCGCUGUAUUCGCUAUUAUAUUAAAUGCUAUGUUCUCUACGGGGUCUGCAACUUACAACAUAAUUGUGGGACCCUUAUCCAUUAUAGCCGGUGUUCUCUUCGGUUCCCUAUGGGGAGCUAUUACGUCUGUUAUUCCUGAAAAGGGUGAUAUUUACGUAGUACCGUUGCGAUUCUUAGCUUUAUUUUUAGGCGGUCUUUUCGCACUAUUUAUUUCAAAUUUGAUUGGAUGGAGUGGUGCAGGGCCUUUAGCAAUAGUGUCUUCUGGUUUUGUUGCCGCGUACUAUUGGGAACAACAAGGAUGGGUAAUAAACAAAAAUCCAGUCAGUAAUAUCUUCAGAAUCUUAUGGAUUUUCUUUGAGCCCAUACUUUUCGCAUUUACUGGAGCACAAAUAACGAUUAACACUUUGGAUCGAGAAGUAAUAAAAAUGGGUACAAUUUGUCUGGUAUCCUGUUUGGUGCUUCGCGUGAUCGCGACGUUUUUUGUUAGUUUUGGCUGUGGUUUAAACAAGAAGGAAAAGAUUUUUAUUGGUGUUACUUGGCUGGCUAAAGCUACGGUUCAAGCUGCUUUAGGACCGGCAGCAUUAGAUCUAGUAAAUAACGGACAAUCAGCUGGAUUGCCGGUUGAAGAUGAAGAAAACUUCGCUAAAAUACUUCUGGCCGUGAGUGUACUUAGUGUGGUACUGUCCGCACCGUUAGGCGCGAUACUAAUUGCUAUAACUGGACCAAGGCUUUUAAGCCGAGAACCGGCAACUAAAAACCUGACUAAUUUUGAAACUACAGGAAACACGACAUCAACCCCAGUAUGAUUCGAUUAUUCGGUAAAAACUAUUUUAGAAAAAUUGUACUAUUAUAUUCGUAUCUAUCUCUUAGUAAAUGUCACUACCACAUAUUAAUAAGAAAAGUCUAAUGAAUGCAGAACUAUAUCUACGAUUAUGCGAUGGUUAAUUACAAUUUAAUUUUAUAUAGUGUUUUAUACUUAAUUAAAAAUUAGUACUUAAGUUUAAUUUGCAUUUUUAAAUAAUGUUACGUUAUACCUAUUCAAAUAUACAUAUGUUUAAUAUAU